CUCUGUUCCCGAUUGUUUCUAGCAGUGAUCGCAACGCCAAGUUAACAGCAAGACGAACCGUUCGAAAGCCCAAAAGAAUUUAGCAACGCCAUGAAAGCCGUUAUCAUCUCAGUCGUUGGGCUGUUCUUGGCCAUUGGAGCCCAGGCACAGAAUAAUUGCGCCACACCAUAUGCAGACCAUACCCAGAAUGUUGUGCCCAAAUGCUUAGCGAAUACGCAUAUCCAGCUACCCAACUAUGCGGAUCCGACCACAUUCUAUAAGUGCCAAGGGUCAUCUUCAGUGUUGACCAAGUGUCCUGCCAAUCAAUAUUUCAGCUACGUGUUGCAGGAUUGCACCCCUUGUGCCGAGUUCAUACCCGCCGUUCAAUGCUCCGCCUUGACGGUGAAUGUUGAGUGUCAACCCAUGAACACACCAUCGCCUGGUGGCAACACUCCCGCACCCGGUACAACCGCAGGCCCUACAACCAUCACCACCAAGGCAACUCCUUCGACUAAGGCUCCUGCGACUGUAACCACGAGUGCACCCACGACUACAACCACGGCGAUGCCAGGACCACCCACGGACUCGACUACAACCGUUAGUCCUGGCGGCGAAACUUCAGGAACCACCGUUUUUGUGCCAAUGCCACCAUCACCAAAUGAGGGUCCCACCCCACCAGGCCCAGAUCCCACGGUUCCCAAUCUACCCUCUGGACCACCAGUGAUCAACAGUUAGUCGAUAUCCAAUCCGUUAUGAAUUCACUCGCGCUACACACAUAGAUUGAUUGAAUAAAGUUUUCAAAGUGCAAUGAAUCACA